UAACAUUAAAAAGAAAAAAUCCCUAAUUCAUGAAUCAGUCCUUACUGUGCCUAAUGUAAUUCUCUUCCAAAUCGAUGCACUCCGAAUUUUGCCCUAGAAGAGAAAUCGGAUUCUUGAUUGACCCUUAAUCAACUGCAGGUUUCAGUUAUUAUAAUUGCAAUGGCUAAUGGAAAGCUGAUCGUUGUAUGUCAGUCCGGUGGGAAGUUCACCACCAACGCUGACGGCACCCUUUCCUACUCCGGUGGGGAUGCCCACGCUACCAGUCUCACCCUCAACACAAAAUUUGAUGAUUUCAAGUCUGAGAUUUCUGAUAUGUGGAAGUAUGACCUGCAUUCUCUCACCAUUAAGUACUUGCUCCCCAACAAUAAGCGCACCCUUAUCACCAUUUCCACUGACAGAGACAUGCUCCGUUUCCUUGAAUUCCAUGAAGACUCUGCUUCCGCUGAUGUUUAUGUCAUGACCCCCUCGCCUCCUUCUCCUAGCGAUGCUACCUCCUUGCCUUGCAGCAGGUCCAGUCAUACAAUGCCCAAUGGACCUGUUUCUCCCAUUGAUGCUCCUACGGAUUAUCUUCCCGAUGAGCCUAUUUUUCCCGUUGAUGCUCCUAUGGAUUUUCUUCCUGAUUCAGAAGAUGCUGGGAAGCAAAAAACACCUCAAAUUUCAUCAUGGAAGAGUUGCAUUACAGGCGUAGGUCAGACUUUUAAUACUCGACAUGAACUUCACGAGGCUUUGGACAAGUUUUCUUUAGCACACGGUUUCCAUUAUACUCUUAAAAAUAGCGAUGGCAGGCGUUUUUGCGCGAGGUGUAAAGCGGAAGGGUGUCCUUGGUUCUUUAUAGCACCAAAAUUGUCUACCACCAAGUUGUUCAGGAUUAAGAAGAUGAAUGAUACCCAUACCUGUGGUGUAGGAUCAAUACGUGCAAGUGCCUCAAGGAAAUUGGUCGCAAGUAUUGUAAAGGAAAAGUUGCGAGAUACCCCUACUUACAAGCCGCAAGAAAUCAUUGAUGAUAUUCGACGAGAUUUGGGGAUUGAACUGAAUUAUGCACAGGCUUAUGGGGGGAUAGCAGCUGCAUUAGAGGAACUUCAAGGUUCACAUAGAACAGCAUACAAUCAGUUGCCUUUGCUGUGUGAGAAAAUAUUGGAGACAAAUCCUGGCAGUGCUGCCAUUCUCAACACCAAAGAAGACUUGAACUUUCACCGAAUAUUCGUUGCUUUCCAUGCAUCGCUCUACGGAUUCCAGAAUGGUUGCCGCCCACUACUUUUUCUGGACUGCACAUCUUUGAAGUCAAAAUACAGGGGAGAACUGUUUACUGCCACUGCUUUGGAUGGAAAUGAUGGUAAUUUUCUUGUAGCUUUUGCAAUUGUAGAUGUACUAAGUGAUGAUAAUUGGCAUUGGUUUCUGGAGCAGCUGAAGACUGUGCUCUCCAUGUCUCCUGAGAUAACAUUUGUGGCAGACAUGAAAAAGGAGAUGAGUGAAUCCCUUAGCUUGGUAUUUCCAAAUUGUUUCCAUGGUUAUUGCCUGCAUCAGCUAACAGAAAGCUUGAAAAGAAAGUUUAAGGGAUCAUUAACUCUAGAGGUAGUUCGUGUGCUAAUUUCUGAAUUUCAUAGUGCUGCCUAUGCACCAACUGCUGAAGGGUUCAAGAAGUGCAUUGAGACUAUAAAAAACAUAUCACCUGAGGCUUACGAAUGGGUCCUGCAAACUGAACCUGAGCACUGGGCAAAUGCAUUUUUCAAGGGUGCUAGGUACAAUCAUCUUAAAUCUAGUGUUACAGAAUCAUUUUGCGAUUGGGUUUCUGAUUUACCUGCAAUGCCAAUAACACAAGUAAUUGAAACGAUACGCCGUAAAUUGAUGGAAUUCAUCUAUACACGCAAGAUGGAUUCGGAUCAAUGGUCAUCAAACCUUACUCCAUCUGCAGAGGAAAACCUCCAAAGAAGUCUUGUCAAUUCACGUUCUCUUGAAGUAGUACUUUCACACAGUAGUUGUUUCAAGGUUCGGGAUACUUUAGACAUGAUAAACGUUGUUAACCUUGAAAAUUGGGAUUGUAGUUGCAGGGAAUGGCAGAUCAACGGAUUGCCAUGUUUACAUGCAGUGGCAGCAAUUGAGCACGUUGGCAAGAAUGUGUAUGAUUACUGCUACAGAUAUUUUACUACUGAGGCUUUUAAAGUUACAUAUUCAGAGUCUAUAAACCCAAUACCGCCGUUAGACAGGUGCAUGAAAAGAGAAUCAUCGCCGGUGCUUGUGCAUCCUCCUUGCGUGACCCGUCCGGUAGGGCGGCCCAAGGAAAGAAAAUACGCACUUAAAUCCAAUCAAGCUGUUAAGAGAACACUUCAGUGCAGCAAGUGCAAAAAGCUUGGGCACAACAAAAGGAAAUGCAAGCAAUCUGCUUAGGGAGUAAAAGUUGUAGUUUAUUGUAUUUAGGUCGGUUGAAAGAAAGCUUGUGACGAUGCAGACCUGGAUGAGACAUGGUGAGAUAUUGGGAUCCUGUAUGUGGAUUGAUUUGUCUGGAAUUACAAGCUGGAUGGCUGUACUGUACAGUGAUAUUCUCUUGGUGUAGGAAACUGGUCUGACGUUAGGUUUCCAUUUUCACUAACAGGGAAAGUAAAGGCCAUUCCUGCAAACAUGUUGAACAAGUGAGUAACAAACAUGUGGUGAAUGUCUUGUUGCGUUCCUCAUCCAUUAUUCCAUUGCCAGUUGAUAUAAUUACAGAAAAAAAGAAAGAGAUUUUGAUGACUUUUGCAUAUGUAUAUAUAUCUUUUUCCCUUUUAAGUCAA